UCAAUAUACACAUUUACUUGUCAUUUUUUUAUUUUCUAAUAAAAUCUUUUAUAAUACUAAGUCGAAAAAUGUGAUAUUUAUUUUUGUUUUACUCGUCUAAUAAUGUCAAGAAAAGCUUUCCUCGUGCAAGUAGAACUCGACGUUCAAGCUGUAACAUGUCCCGGUGUCUGGUUGUGUUCAAACGGAAAAGUAUCCCUCCAAAUAUAUAUGUUAGACUCAUGUGUUCAAACCGCGUGCUACAAGCCCAACUUUCCUAUCCAGUGUAAUGAAAAGUUCAUUUUUUAUAAAACUUUUUUCUCUAAACACCAACUCAACGAGCUUGAGAAAGAACUUCACGAUCAGUGGCUAUACAUUGAAUUGGUCCAGUGGCAAAACUGCGAAAUUGGCAACAUUCUAGCUUCGUUCCAGACAACGUUAGACGAACUUUUAUAUCCUUCUACAGUCAGUGGAUCAAUAGCAGGUGUCGAUUUAGACUUGCUAAUGGACCCAUCAAAAACGUUUCCGGGAACGAUAGCACCAAAAGUUGAAGUUAGUACGAAAACAACAAUCGAGGAAACUUUGUGUGUGUGCACGAAACCUAGCUCAAGUCAGGUUGUAGUUAACCCAAAAGUAUUAAUGUCCACACUUCACAAACCACGAAGAAAUGUAUGUAGAAAAGUUUGCCAUUCUGUAGCUUAUAGCAGGCGAAAACGACCGUUUAAGUCGGUUAAGAGUAGGCCACCGUUUUGCUAUAGAAGAGCUGAAGAUGAUUUAAUUUUGAGAAAACCUCAAUAUGACUUAGAGGGAAAGUACUGCAGUUGUAGGCAAUCAAAAAGCCAAGAAAGAAAAAAACUAGAUCUAACAAGAAAACUAAAAUCAGACUUAACUGCCAGACAGACUGAUUGUUUCUGUUCACUCAGGAUGUGUUCUUGCGGCAACGGACACAAAGAGAACUUCUGUCCAGUUUGUUGCAAAUACAGAGGCUACUUUGACCCAACCCCUCCCCCACAACCAAAGAAAGAAGAAAAGCUUAAAACUCGAACAACUCUCUACGACGAUAAUCUCAAGCGUCAGGACCCAAGACGAGCAGGUCCCUGCCAGUGCUGCCGUGCAGUGGCUUUUGCCACAGAUGACGAUAAGUCAGAUUCGGCUGACUUUAACGCAUCUGAUACGGAACAGUGCAAGAAGAUUUGUUCUUGUACGGAAAAGAAGCCUAGUUUAGCUGAGAAAUUACAUGCCAAACUUACACAAACUCUGAGUUCGAUUCCUAGAUCGGUGGAGUGGUCGUGUUAUGACCAUGAAUAUGAGUGUGACUGUUGCGAGUGUCCGAAGGAAGCAACAAGAGCAGAGCUUUAUCGAGAUCUUCAAAGGCUGUAUGGAGAUUUGUAUGACAGAGCUCGGGGAUACGUGUGUGUACCUGAUUGUCCAGGCCUGAAAUCAAUGUAGUGAUCAAGUUGUUGUCGAAUUGUAAACUGUUUUAGAGAUUGUAGAGUAAAUAAAAAAUAAAAA